GUCAAGCGUUUCAUUAAAAUUACAUUUUUCAUAAUAGAAAACGUUCGAACCAAAUCAUGUCACAAUUAUCGCUAAAUCAAACAAUUCAAUCGCGUGUAACGGACUCAGAAUCUGUACAGAAAAAGGGAAUCUUUAAAAAUCCGGAGUAUCAUAGUAAAACACGUCCAAGUAGUGCACUACCAUGGAAAUCAGGUAACGAUGAUAAUGCAUCCAUUGGUACGGCCGGCGGCGAUUCCACAACAGUUCACAAAUUAGGAGUUCUACCCACUUAUUUGAAGAAGCAGACCCGGGCGACCGUGGAAUCGGACCUAUUUACAAAACAUAAAAAAUUCAAAAUUGCCAAGAGAGAGCUCAUCGAGAAGCAGACGAAUUUGAUGAAAGAUUUCGAGCAAUUGCAAAAGCUCAAAGAUAAAUUUAAGCAAUUCGGAGGCAGAGAUUUCAAAUUAGAAACGCUGCAGUUAGUCGAUUUUAACGACUAUGUCAGCAGUGAAUGUGGUGACGGUAUACGAAACGUACGAAUUGGCAGUACUCCCGAAAGAUUUGGCGAUGGUGCUCAGAGCAUGCAUGGAUUUCAGCAAGAAGUUCAACGAAUUCGCGGAAGAAUAAAGGAUUGUCUAUUCAAUCUGAUCAGAUUGAACGCGGACGCUUUUAAGCACAUUCAGAUGUAUGGAACGGAGCAACUUCAACAGAAAAUUCAGGAAAUCUUUUCGAAAGUUGAAGACUAUGUGAAGACCGUGAACAGCGAACAAGAUAUCAGUAUGGAGUUACUGUUGGAAAAGUUAAAUAUGUUACGAACUCCGACGCCACAUGAAACCACCAACCGUUUACAAAUUCAAGAUGAAGAAAUCGUUGCUUUAAGGGAAGGCAUUCAACGUCUGGAAGUGCAAUCCAAAAUGUUGCAGAGCGAGAUCGAUGUUAAGAACCAGGAGAUCGAGUAUCUGAAAAACAAAGAAGCGGUCCAUCAGAACCCGAACGCAGAAAACUGUGGUGACGUUGCUGAAGGCAUGUCGCCGUGCAAUGAUCAACAGACGCUGCAUUCAGAAAUUCAAUCCCAAAAAGAGACAAUCGACAACUACCGAAAUAAACUGAACGAUGAAACGAAGCUGCGAGUAAUGAUGGCAGAGAAAAUGAAGCAAUUGGAAGACAAGAUCAUCCUGCAGAAACAUCAAAUGGAAGAAAAGCAGUUAAAAUUCGAAAACGAUUUGAAUGAAGAGCGGAAAAAGUACGAAGGACUUGAAAAGAUGUUGGACGAAAUGAGAGAUGCAAAUUCGAGGUUUCUUGAGGAAAACGGUUCAAACUACGAACAGAUAUCAAAUCAAUUAGUCUCUGCCAAUGGCGACAUCAAAGAAUUGCAAUUUAAAAUUGGUAAACGAGACAAACAGAUCCAAAGCUUAAAACAAAUGAUCAAUUCGGAGUCGAAUAAAGCGAAAGACUACGACCAAUUGCUGCUGAAAUACGACGAAGUGCGGCAGCAAGAUCAGCUACGAACAAAAGAGAUACUUCAGCUGAAAGAGAAAUUGAUGGCACGAGCCGAUACGAUAAACAGUCAAAUGUUAACCAUCACCGAUUUGAAGAAACAACUGAUGGAGCGGAACUGUGCCGAUGGGAACGAAGAAUGCACGGGUCCGUUACACGACGAACAAAUGUCCAAAUUUUUAGAUCACGAACGAAUCAUUAAGAAAUUGGAAAAUAACAAAAUUCGUAGCAAUAUGCUGCGGGACCAGUUAUUGGAUCGAAUUUCGAUGUUGGAAAAAGAAAACGACGACAUGAAGGGACAAAUUCGAAAGUUUCACGAAGAUUUCACAAUCAAUCGAUUUAUGUACGACGAACAGCGUCGCAAGAAACGGUUGACUGAAAUUUUAGUGAAACAAUAUCAGAAAUGAGAUUUCAUUCGUAAAUAUGUGCUAACUGUUGGUACCUACAAAAUCGUAUAAAGAAUGAGAAACUGACAAAA